GAAUUUACUGUAUUUUUAGUAAAAAGAUCUUCUCUUUUAAAGUAACAAAAGUGAACUAUUAAGCAAGUGAAGAGUGCUCUAAUCUUCUAUAGAUUUUGGCAAUUGAAAGAGAAUCAAAAACUCUAUACAGGGGAUUUCCCUAUUUGUGAAAAAUUUGAACUAAGCCAUAUUCUUGAUAAACACGAAAUCAAAAACGCCAGCUUAAGUAUUAGAUUUCACCAAUGGCUACAUAUGUACACAUGUGAUUAACGAUACCACUAGGUAUAUGCAUGCAUUGAUCUGUAUUAAUUUAUGAUACUUUGAUUAAAAUAGUACUUGUUAAUUAUUUCUGGGUAGAUAAGAAUUCGAUUGGUAGUACAUUGGUAAGAAACAAUAUUUAAUAAACAAUAACAUAUUGCAGUAGAUAUUUAAAGAAAAAUUCACUUUCCUCGGAUAAGGUGACAUUCGAGUUUUACAGAUUGCCAACAAAUUCAGUAUACGUUUCUGGCUCUCAAAAAUAGUUGAUCCAUUUUUUUUUUUUACAAAUUUGAAGUUGAAAAAAUGUCAGAGAAACGGAAGCUCCUUCAGCGGUAUAUGAAGAACCUGAGCGACCUGCAGGAUGAGCUCAAGCGUAAGGAGCUGGAGAAGAAGAUGAAGGAUCUGGAGAUGUUGCAGUGUGAGCUGGCUCGUCGCCAGGAGAAGUCUGGAACCAAGUGCGCAGGUGGUAAAAUCAAGGAGAUGCGCCAGAAAAGGCUUCAAAAGGUCUUGGGGUCUUACAUGAUGACCUUGGAGGGAUUGCUGUGUGAGCUGGCCCGCCGGGAGGCUCGUCUCAAUGGAGAUAGGGGACGAGCCAGCGAGUCGGAGAACCUUGUACACCCCCAGAUGUUGGAGGAGUAUACGGUGGCCUUUUGCGCUGUUGGUGAAGAUGGUCGGGAACUGCUGGAGGCAGCUCUCUCCGCCCGCAGGUGCGCCUAUGCCCCCUACAGCAACUUUAAAGUGGGAGCAGCUUUCCGUGCCAAGUGCGGUAGGAUCUACACGGGAUGCAACAUCGAGAACGUGGCCUUCACUCCGGGAAAUUGUGCAGAGCGAUGCGCCCUGGCCAAGGGCAUUAGCGAGGGCGAGAAGAAGUACACGGCGGGUGCUGUGGUGGCCUAUCAUCCGGAUGGGUUCACCACACCUUGCGGCGUCUGCCGCCAGUUCAUCGUGGAGUUCGUGCACAAGGACAUUCCCAUUUACAUUGCCAAGGCGCCGCCGCCGGAGCAGGAGAACUGUAUUCCGGCGAUCCAAGACACCGAUGAGGUGCUGGUCACUUCCGCCUACCACCUGCUUCCAUAUAGCUUCACCUCAUUCGAAUGAUCCGAUCUUAUAAACACACU